UGUCCAGUCUCUACCUACGCCAAAAUUGUCGCUGCCUCGAUACCCAUACGCCCUAUAGCUUGAUACACACAUUAAUUCUUGACUUGAUUUACAGAGGACACUACGGCCAAUUAAUCCUGCUGGACCAAUUCGUUGAUUAUCUGCAAUCCAAACAACCAACCCUAUCCACACGCAAUGACUCUCAAACGAAAGCGUUCCUCAUGCUCUCUCUCUUCUCCCAUCUCGACCAGCAGUGCCAGCAGCAUUGGUAGCAUAGACGGACUAUUCGGAUUCCGGCAAUCAUCACACAGUCCCGUCCCGGGCCCUACGCCUGCAUUUGCACCAAUUCCUUUUCCUCAGCUGGUGGUACCUGCACCUAAUACAAUCAUAGCAAAUCCCAGCAGCCGCCCAUUUCCCUUUUUUGCCGCCGGUGGUGGUGGUGCUGCUGCUGCAACAGACGGUUUGCGUAUGAAUUAUGCAAUGGAUUAUUCGGGUGCGCGAGAUCUGAAUAGUCGAACACGCAAGCGGUUUCGGGAUAAUCGUCCCCACGAGAAUGUGGUUCAUGAAAACACUCUACAAAAGCUCUUCGCCGCCCAACAACACCAACCACCCCAUCAUCAUCAUCAUCAUCAUACCGCCGAGCAUCAGAUGCCUCCAGAAUCAUCGAUACCGCAGCCGCAGCCAUGUCAGUCGUCGCACAACCAGCAUGUAGUAGGCAGGCGGAAAUCUCCACUACAGUCCUCUCUUCACGCAUUCUGGUCGUUGCCGCAAGCGAGGACCACAUCCUCGAUGGUGGAAAACCCAUUCCGUGGUCCUGCUGCUGGAUUCAUCAGAGAUUUGGACACAUCGAGGUGCGAGGAUUGCGAUGCAGAGCUGUCGCAUGUUGCCGGAGAUAUGGAGUACAUGGAAAUGAUGGAUACCGGUGCAAGUGGGUAUAAUUCCGAUGACCUUCGAUGUCGAGCGUGUGGGAAGCUCGUUUGUGGAACAUGUGCGGUUCUUGCGGAUGUGCGCGUUUGUUUGCAAUGUGCCAUGUCUGGAUAAGUGGUUGUGUGGUUUAGCGGUUUGGGCAGAGAUAUGCUGUUGUGUGUUAUCGGAACAGUCUGGCCUUGGACGUUGGCCAUUCGGGAUUGAAAAUUGUUAUUUUAGCGUGGCGUUUUUGGGCAUUGGCGAUACGGAGGUCACUUGAUGGGAUUUUAUCACUAGACUGGAUAUAAGAAGACAUUUUGCAUUCAGUUUAACAUUUUGCAUUCAAUUCUUGCUGUUGAGCUUCAGCGACUAAAUAACUGCGUGAGGGGUAUUCAUAAGUAACGGCGCCUGGAUUUAUGCAAAGAGAAUCCUUUGAAAAUAAAUAACCAUG